GCUGGUUUUGGCGCAUGCGCAAACGGACGGACCACUUUGGCGGGCAACAAGAUGGCGGACUGGGCGACUGUGGCGUCCUAAAGACGUUUUUACGACCUAAGCGCCAUAUAUAUUCUUAACCAUUCAUCUUUUUGAAGACCACGGAACGCAAGUUGAGUUUGCAGCGGCGGAGUGUGACCUGAAGUGAAGAUUGAAGACGUGAUAGAAGACGGACGACUACUGCUAUGCUAAGAUGGCGACGUCAUGUCAAAGAGAAAGUGAAAGACAAUCAGAAACUUCCACAAAAUCACCAACGGAGAAAAAGACGAAAACUGCAGAUGAAGACAUCCUGCAGCUGAUUAGUCAUCCAGAAGAAGUUUCCCCUCAGUCAGGGGGGAGCUCCACUUUGAAGCAGGAGACUCCACAACCACCCUGCAUUAAAAAGGAAGAGGAGGAACUCUGUAUGACUCAGGAGGGAGAGGGAGUGUGUCUUCUAGGACGAGAGGAAGCUGAUUACACCAAGUUUCCACUGACUAUUGUCUCUGUGAAGACUGAAGACGAUGAAGAGAAACCACAAGCAGACAACUUCUUAGCUUCACUAUCAGAUAGUGAGGCCGAAGAGGAGGUUGAAGUAACUUUGAGCAGCGAUACAGACUGUGAAGGUGAUAUGAGGACUCACACUGACAACAAACAUCCUAAAAAGAAGAAAGGUAAAAAAAAUUUGAGCUGUUCGGUUUGUGAUAAAAGUUUUGCUCACAGGAGUAAUUUAGCUUACCACAUGAGAACACACACAGGAGCAAAACCAUUUAAUUGUUCAGUCUGUGGUACAGUCUUUUCUAGAAAAGGUACUUUGAUUGAACACAUGAGAACGCACACAGGAGAAAAACCAUUUAGUUGCUCACUUUGCGGCAAAAGCUUUUCUCAAAAGGGCAGUGUGACGAAACAUAAAAAAACACACACCGAUGAAAAAACACUUAUUUGUUCCGUUUGCAGUCAAGUGUUUGUUUCCAAACAAGGUCUGGUUCGCCACUUGAAAAAACACAUGGGAAGCAAUACAGGCUGCGAAAGUGAUAUGAGGACUCUCGCUGACGAUAAGGUCUCCAAAUGCCCUCAAAAGAGGAAAAAUGAAAAAUGUUUGAGCUGUUCGGUUUGUGGUAAACUUUUUACUCACAAGAGUAAAUUGACAUACCACAUGAGAACACACACAGGAGAAAAACCAUUCAAUUGUUCAGUUUGUGACACAAGCUUUUCUGUAAAGAGUAAUUUAAUUGACCACUUAAAAAGACACACUGGAGAAAAACCAUUUAGUUGCUCACUUUGUUAUAAUAGUUACGCUCGCAAGAGCCAUCUGACUGAUCACAUGAGAACACACACAGGGGAAAAACCAUUUACUUGUGUAGUCUGUGGUAAAAGAUGUUCUCAAAAGAGCAGUGUGGCCAUACACAUGAGAACACACACAGACGUAAAAACAUUUAACUGCUCAGUUUGCAGUGAAAUAUUUGCCACCAAACAAGGUUUAUUUCGCCACAUGAGAACACACAAAGGCGGGAAAACAUUUACCUGUUCAAUUUGUGACAAAAGCUUUACUCAAAAUAGCAGUUUGACUGACCACAUAAGAUUACACACAGGAGAAAAACCGUUUAACUGCUCAGUUUGCAGCAAAACAUUUGCCACCAAACAAGGUUUAUCUCGCCACAUGAGAACACACAAAGAAGGAAAAAAAUUGACUUGUUCAAUUUGUGGCAAAAGUUUUUCUCAAAAUUGCAGUUUGAUUGCUCAUGUAAGAUUACACACAGGAGAAAGGCAUGUAAAUGCUCAGUUUGUCACUAAAGCUUUACUAAAGACGUCAGUUUAACUCAACACACGUGAACACACACAGGAGAAAAACAUUUAGUUGCUCAGUUUGCAGCAAAAACUUUGUCCCCAGUCAAGGUUUAUACCAACACAAGAGAUUACACAAAAGAUUCCCACGCAAUGAUGCUGUAAAACAUUCAUCCAUCCAUUUUCUACCGCUUAUUCCCUUUUGGGGUCACGGGGGGCGCUGGUGCCUAUCUCAGCUACAAUCGGGCGUAAGACGGGGUACACCCUGGACAAGUCGCCACCUCAUCGCAGGACAUACAAUAAAAUAUAAUACCUAAUAAACCAAUAUUGAUGGAGAAAUACUGAUGUAAAGGGUAGGUGUUGCGCUAUUUUCUGCUGUUAACAAACAUGUAAGAAGAAAUAAGGGAAAAUAACCACCCAGCUAUUUAGUUUGUGAUAUGUCGCUCAUGUGUUGCGACAUCCAUCCAAACUUGGGGCCUCAUCAAAAUAUGUUUACUGCUUCUUUCUCAAAUAUUUGAUGUAUUUGUACACUUUGAAACCAUUUCCACUGGUGUAUGAAUAAGUAUGUUGGUUUUCUGCCAUUUUUACGGAACUAUUUGGGUUUAUGUGACGUCACGUGUGUUCACUUCCGGUUGUAUGUAGACACGUCAUGUAUGGAUAUUCAUAUGUACCUUCACUGUGUAGUACUUGUAGUUUAAUAUUUUUGCUUUAUUGUCUGAAGAGGAAUGAUAGUCUGACAACUACUGAAGAUAUUUUUCUUUUGACCACACUUUGAAAAUAAGACUUUUCUUUCAUGGUCAGAUUGAAUCUGUUCUGAAAGACUGUGUUGUUUGUUUGUGUAUUGUGUUUUGUAUCGCUUUAUUAUUGAAAUAAAGAUUAAGUUAAAGAAG